CCCUUUUGAACCCUCCCUGCACCUCCGCUCAUUCCUGCUGUACUCUUCAAGGAGGCAUCUUACAUGGAUCGACUUCGCCUUCUACACGAAUUACGAUGUUGAGCGGCAUCCUGCUCUUCAAUCAGAAGGGCGAGAACCUCAUUUUCCGGGCAUUUCGGCCUGACUGUCGCCCCCGUCUCGCCGACAUCUUUCGCAUUCAAGUCAUCUCGAAUGCACAAGUCAGAUCUCCCAUCCUCACUCUCGGCUCCACCACUUUUAGCCACGUCAAGCAUGAAAACAUAUACAUCGUGGCCGUCACCAAAAGUAACGCCAACGCCGCUGUCGUCUUUGAAUUCAUCUACAGAUUUAUAGGACUGGGCAAACAGUACUUUGGCAAGUUCGACGAGGAUGCCAUCAAGAACAAUUUCGUCCUUGUCUACGAGCUCCUCGAUGAAAUCCUCGAUUUUGGCUAUCCUCAGAACACCGAUGCCGAUGUCCUCAAGAUGUACAUCACGCCCGACAACAUCUCGUCCGCCAUCCGGUCCGUGUCGGCGGCUCCGAGCGACCUAUCCAAAAUCACCAUGCAGGCCACGGGCGCGCAGUCUUGGAGAAGAGGAGACAUAAAAUACCGCAAGAACGAAGCUUUCGUCGAUGUCAUCGAAGAUGUCAAUCUGUUGAUGAGUGCCACCGGCACCGUUCUACGUGCAGAUGUGACCGGUCAGAUCGUCAUGAGAGCAUACCUCAGCGGCACUCCGGAAUGUAAAUUUGGUCUCAAUGACCAGUUGGUUCUUGGGCAGAGUGGACAGGCGGAUGGCCCGGUUGGUAAUUCAGACGGCAACCGCAAAGCCACCCGGGCCGCAGCAGGCUCGGUCACGUUGGAAGAUUGUCAGUUUCAUCAGUGUGUCCAGCUGGGCAAAUUCGAGACCGAUCGAACCAUCUCAUUUGUUCCGCCAGAUGGGGAAUUCGAGUUGAUGAGAUAUCGAGCGGUUGAAAAUGUCAAUCUCCCAUUCAAGGUCCACGCCAUCGUCCGGGAAGUAGGGACGACCAAAGUCGAGUACAGCAUUGCCGUCAAGGCCAACUACGGUAGCAAACUCUUUGCUACUAAUGUUGUCGUGCGAAUCCCCACACCCUUAAACACAGCCAACAUUAGCGAGCGAAGCACGCAGGGAAAAGCCAAAUACGAGCCCGAGAGCAAUUGUAUUGUGUGGAAGAUUGCUAGAUUCGUCGGUGGCAGCGAAUUUGUCCUGAGUGCUGAAGCGCAUCUGACCAGCAUGACCAACCAAAAGGCCUGGUCGCGACCUCCCUUGAGCCUCAAUUUUUCCCUUCUGAUGUUUACGAGUUCUGGAUUGUUGGUCCGAUACUUGAAGGUGUUUGAAAAGAACAACUACAGCAGUGUCAAAUGGGUCCGGUACAUGACAAAAGCGGGUAGCUACGAGGUUCGAUUUUGAGCGAUCUUUUUUCUUGUCAACGAAGAGGCUGGCUCGGCCAUAUCAUGUGACAAAGAUCACGUCUGUUUGUUCAACAACAUGAGAUACGAUGUGUCACAUUCCCUCGAAUCUCCCUGCUGCCGACGAUUCUCGAAACUCUGCCUGGAGGGCAGAUCAAGACAAACAUUUCUUUCCGCCAGGGCGUACGGGGAAUUAGUUCGAAAGUGUCCUGGCAUUUUCUAGACCGUUGCAUUGGUUGGCGGUGCUUUGAACUUGCAUCCUCUCCCCUGAGGAAUCGGCCUCCGUCGUUUGUCCAAUUCCAGGUCAGCCCCAAUCCGCACGAAAUUGCGGGGCGAUGACCUACUAUAGGUAUAGACCGGACCGCGCUGCAAAUAAUUUGGCAAAUCGAGGGAAAUGAAAAUGGUAGACAGCUCAGCAUCAUGAUGGUCUGAUUUGGAAGGUUUCCCAUCCAUGCCGCCUUGACGACGACACUUGGACCGUCUGUCGCUCUCUCUGGAGCUGGCAGAAUGGUCGUCUAUGUAUGUAUAUGGUUAUAGUAAGGACAUUCAAGAACAAAUCCGGGUAUCUAGACAAAAUCAAUGCCGGUAUCCUCGGCUCUAGAUCG